AUGCCCAGCAAUGUGCCAAGCGCUAUGCCUAGAAAUGUGCCCACUGAUGCGCCCAGCGAUUUGCCCACUGAUACGCCCACUGACUUGCCCGCUGACUUGCCAACUGAUGCGCCCAGCGAUAUGCCGAGUGAUUUGCCCAGCGAUCUGCCCAGACCAACAUGCCCUGAUCACAUCACUCAGGCCCUGAAAUUCAACAAAAUUUUUGAGCAGACCGGGAUGGCUAAAAUAUCAUCUCUUCCAUAUCAUCCAGGUCCAGUAACACCACGCCACGAGCGUAUUUUCAGAAGAAAGAAAGCCAACAAUACCACCACCCAACAGCCAGCCUCCAUCGCUGCCCUAGCAGAUGGGACAACACAGGAAACAGGGCAGGAACCAGCACCAGCACAAGAAGCACCCCCAGCAGCCCCCCAGCAGGAUGCCCAUCAGCCCCCCAGCAGGAUGCCCAUCAGCCAACUGAAGACGAAGCCCCCAACCAGACAAUAG